AAAGCUGACAGUCAAGAUUCCAGCUUUCAGCCUGAACCAGAAGACCUUUGGGAGUUGAUCUGGACUGUUCUUUGAUCUAGAGGCCUCCUUAGUGUCAUUUUUUACUUACUCUUUGUGGUGCGAUCACAUGGACAAAGGAAGUCCUCCAGUUCCCCCGUAUCCUGGACCCCCUGUGAACUACAGUGUCCCGGUUCAACCUGGCACCAGCUAUGUAGUUCAGCAGCCUGCUUCUCAGUACAGCAUGCAGCAGCCUCAGAUUGUGCAGCCUCAGAUUGUGCAGCCCGUCAGCCAGAUGGUGGUGGUCCAGCAGCUGCCAACUGAUGCUCCAGGACAGAUGAAGUGUCCUCACUGCCAGAACACUGUUGUCACCACUGUCCAGUACAAGAACGGUCUGCUCACGUGGCUCAUCUGCGGGGGGCUGGGAAUCUUUCUGAUCUGGCCUUGCUGUUUGAUCCCGUUCUGUGUAGACGCUUGCAAGGACGUGGAGCACAGCUGUCCUAACUGCAAGGCGGUCCUCCACAUCCACAAACGAAUGUGAAGCAGCUCCACAGUCACAGCCAAUCCAGGGCCCUCGUGUAGAAACUCUGUGUGUGGAAUCGCCACUGAAACACUCAAACCGUGUGUGCACGAACUCCGACACGCACACACAUUUAUAAAAUUGUAUAAAUAAGAUUCUCCUGUGUAAAUCUCGAUGAUCAUGGAAGUGCAUGUGCGUGCACAAGCCUGCUCUCCACUCCCAGUGGUUACACAGGGUUUGUAGAUGAGGGCCCUGGAUCUUCAGCAGGAGGACUGACACACGUCCACAUGGCAGUCGGCAAACUGGACCGUCACACAGUGGAAUGUGUUUGGAGCAUUUAAUUUUCUUUAUGUGAACAUGUAAAAUGUGGAAUCUUGUAGAAAAUAAAAUAAAUAAAUAAAUGCAGUGAAAUGAAAA